GCCGGCGGAGGCCCCUGUGCGGCGGGCGGCGCUGACGUGUCGGUGGGAGCGGCGGCGGCCCUGGCAGCACCAUGUCGAAGGUCACCUUUAAAGUGACGCUCACCUCGGACCCCCGGUUGCCUUACAAAGUGUUAAGCGUGCCUGAGAACACACCUUUCACAGCCGUCCUCAAAUUUGCUGCGGAAGAAUUCAAAGUUCCUGCAGCAACAAGUGCCAUUAUAACAAACGAUGGUAUAGGAAUAAAUCCUGCACAGACAGCAGGAAAUGUGUUUUUAAAGCAUGGUUCAGAUCUACGGCUCAUUCCCAGAGAUCGAGUUGGGAGCUCCUAACAUCUUCUGAAAGCUGGGGAAUAAGUGACGUUGCUGUGCAGCAGAGGUCUAUUUAUUUUGGAACUCCAAAAUGCAACUAAUUAAUUGGACUUUUUUAAAGCGAGGAAAAAUUACUUCCCAGGAUUUGAUUUUUUUUUUUUUUUGAAACAGAGAUAAUCAUUUUCCUGUUAAAAUAUAUUAACUCAUACACUGAUUCUUCCCUGACUAGUAGAAGAACAGGCUAAUUGCAUGUCAUGUUGCUGCAAGAAGGACAGGCUUCUCUAUAGGUGUUACUGACACCACAAGGGUAAACACAGCCACCAUCAAGAGGUAUUUAAAAUACUGGAUAUUGUUGAGCCUACUUCGUGGAAGGGGGAAUUGGGUUAUGAUUUUGCUACAAAGAAAUUAUUCCUACUGUGUGCUAGAAGUUGGGGGUUUUCCCGGUGUUUUUUUUAAUAAAGUUAUUCCCAUGUUUAGAGGAACAGCUUUCACCUGGCUCAAGUAUUAAGCUCAAGUAGAAGGGAAAUUUCAGGAGUUCAUUACUCAAAUAAGUAAACAGUUGCCAAAUGUUCCAAAGUAAUUCUAAGAUUUAAUUGCUGCAAGUAUUUGAGAUACAGGAGAAAACAAGAGGUUUCUGUGUUUUAAGACUUCAUUCGGACAUACUGUGAAGUUAAAUUAAACUCAAUUUACAAGAAUUUAUGAGACCAAGUCUCUUCACAUGAAGUGCCAUCAGCUGAGAAGGAUUGCAAUGUAAUUUGGGAAUGUGUAGGUACAGGUCAAAUACGUCAUUCCUUUUUAAGUAAACUAACACUGGUUCUUUCCAGAAGUCUUGGUUUUGUUACUGCCUGUUACAUAGAAAACAUCAUAGAAUUCACUGAAAUAUUUGUCUUCAGAUUAUAAAUUGCCAGGUGUACACUAUCAGUUGUGUAUUUUAAGUAGAGAAAUUGCUGCUUUUCUUGAACUGGUUAUCUACGUUGUAAUUUAAUGUAUUUGGCAAAAUCUUACCAUAUUGCAUUUUUUUCUGUUCUACUGAGUUGAAUGGAAAGAACAAUGGGUAUUGUAGUGCUUGGCUAAAUGAAUAUUGUCACAAAUACAACUGUCCUGUGCAAUCAUCGUGCUUUAGAAAGAUGUUCAGAUAAUGUGUCAGGUAAUGCAGAAGUAUAAAAUGCCCUUCUGAGUGGGUGUAAGCUGAGGAAAUAGAGAAAAACACUUCAGAAAUCAAUAUUUGACUAUAAACAGCUUCCAAAUUUAAGAUAAAUUGUAAAAUUCUGUAUUUCUAUUUAAUAAACAAUUAUAUGAAAAAGUGCAAA